AUGAUGGAUAGUGGGACUGAAGUCUCCACGGCACACCAUCGAGAAAUUCAUAGCUAUUACUUGGCCUUACAGAAAUAUUUUAACAAUGCUGAGACCAAACACGAUAGAUCCAAUUCACCAAGAGCUCAAAAGGCAAGAGCUAAACUGCUUAAACUAUCGGCAUCUCAAUUUUAUGAGUUAAGUACAGAUGUGUAUGACGAAUUGCAGAGAAGGAUUAGCGAUGAUCAAUCACAACCAGAAUAUCUGCUGCCCAAAGCCACUUUCCACAUGAAAAGAAAUCAAGCCAGACAGAAAUUAGCUAACCUUUCACAUACUAGAUUUAACGAUUUAGUUGACGAUAUUCUUUUCGAGAUCACCAGACGAGGUUAUAACACGCCACCAGAUCCUGAAGUGGAUGAAAACACAAAUAGUAAAUCGACAGUGGCGGCGGGAUCUUCAACGCCUAAUAGUAAGAAGACUAAUAUGAGCCAUUUCAAGAAUGAUCCAAAUAUAUCUGUUGGAUCUGAUGGAUCUAACUCACAAGUACCUCCCACUGCGACUAUUCAAACUUCAAAGGUUAUCCCGCAAAAGGCCUCUAUAGACUGGUCAUCUGAUGAAGAACAAGAUACGAAGAAAAGUGACAAGAAUACCAACAAUAUUAAUACUAAUACUCCUAAAACUAAUAAUCAUACUCAGGGAUCGAGGGAUCUGGGAUCUAAUGAAGCGGCUCCACCAUCCAACAUAAACGCGCUACAACAACCCAAUACCACACCUAUUCUACAUCCUACUGAUAGUUAUCACCACUACGGAGAUGUGAUUGAUUCUCCGGCACUAACCGAGACUGGCAAUAACCAUGGAGGUGAUGAGACUUUGACUGUCAAUCCUCCCAAAAAUAGAAAUUCGAGUACUUUCGAUUUUGAAGGUGUUUCCAAGGAUGUGUCAAAUGAGCCUAGAUCUGUACAAUCGUUAGGUGAAUCUCAAAAUAAAGUUAAACUUGAUCAGUUGCAUAGUGAAGUAGAGGCAUUAAAAAAAGAAAAUGCUAGUUUGAGGCAAUCAAGAAGCUCAGGUGGAACCAGUUCAAGCGAAAACUUUGAGAAAGACUUCAGGUCGUUAAGUGCAGAAGUCGAAUCACUCACAGUGGAAAAUGAAAAGCUGAGGGCGAAGGUUUCAGAACUCGAAGCUAGGGCUAGAAAUCCACAGCCUCAAAAUAAAUCUUCUUUGCCAUUGUCGUCGGAUAACGAUAAAAAUGAGUUAGAAAAACUCGCCUUGGAUAGAGAAUCUGUUACAAGGUAUGCCGCUCAAGAUGGAUCUAUCCCAUUUGAAUCUGUUCAAGAAUUCCACCAAUACAUUCAAAAAUUGUUUACCGAUUUGCAAACUGAUGUGGAUGAUAUCGGUCAUACACUAUUUGAAGAUCUAGCACGUCUUUCAAAUACCGUGGCUCAACUCUUCGUUCUUGUGGACGUCCCAGAUUAUAAAGAAGAAGUAAUUCUUCUCAAAGCGUCUUUGUCCCAUACUAUCACUUCUAUCAGGUAUUUUUCAGUUUACGGAGCACUACUACCACGAAUAACGGUACAGGCAGCGAUAUCAGAAUUAGCGUUUGCCUUUUGCAAUUUGGUAAGAUCCUGUAAGAUAAAAGGUGAUGGGCGCGGGGGUGCAGCUCUAGGUCGCAGUAAAAUUGCAUUAAAUGGUGAUAAAUCUCCCAUAGAUCCUCCGACCCCAAGUAAUCAUAAUAUGGCAAAUUCUGAAUUCAGAAGUCCCUUUGACCACCCAACUGUCAUAACCAAGUUCGAGGACGAUUUUGGAAAAGAUGAAAUGUCUCCCGUUAAGCCGCUGAAGAUAACUCAGAAGGCGGGGAUGAGUCCGAGUGCAAAGACACCGUCUUCUGCAAGGAAGCAGUCUAGUGGAUUUCCAUUCGGACCUAUGGUUGAUACACGAUCACCAGCAUCUCGUGGGAAGGGAUCCUCAGCCGGCCUUGCAUUCGAAAAGACAAGAAAGUUGAAUGAAGCAUCUCCCACUUCAUCUCAAUCAAGCAGUAUAGACCCAGGAUUGCUGGCCGCAAGAGUCAAAGAUUCUACUCACGAUAAAGGUUUUUCCAAGAAAAGUAAUGGAUGGUUCACAGAUUCCCACGACAGAAACGAUCCAAGUAGGACGUUUAACGGUAAUACUACUCCAGAAAAAUCAACAGCUACGAGUAGGGCAACGACUGCAGAAGGAACAACCACAUUAUCUACUCCAUUGAGCACUGCUUCUCCUUCUGAUGACCAUCAAAGGAAACUAGGAGAAAAUUCCCUGAAGGAGACUAACUCCAAACCUCAGGAAAAUAAAGGUUUGGACAUCCAAGGUAAUAGGAGUCAAGAUGAUAAUGAUUCUAUGAAGCCCAGAGAUAUACUGAAUAAGAAGGAUAACAAUGAAAGUGCUGUUGACUCGAUGAAGAAAAACAAUGCUCCUAGCGCUGUCAAUGACCCUUACCGUGGUGAUGACUCAAUGUCAUCCAGAGAUCUGCCCGACGUGAAGAAUAAAACUCUCGAUAUCAGUGACUCUGUAGAAUCUAAAGACAUAUCUAAUUUGGGGAAUAAAAAUCGCAAUGCUAGUGGUGAUUCAGUGAAAAACAAGGACUCUUAUGAUUCAAUAAAUCCUUUUCGCAAUAAGGACCUAGAAACUGAUGAGGAACAAGGAUUCAUCUCUAAACCAACGCCCGACAAUACACCUAAAGAACUUUUGAACCCCAAAGAUUCGAAGAACACUGAUACUCCACAAUUUUCGACAGGAAACAUAGAAUCGACAUCACCAGAAGAAAUCAGAAGAACACCAGAGGCCAUCAAGGAUGCCAUAUCCAGACUUGAAGGAAACUCAACCCCAGACUCUCAGGAGAGAACUGAACCUGAAGCUCAUAAGAACGCAGCUAAAUCUGAGCGCGUACAAGAAAAGACUGAAUCUAAGAAUAUCCAGGAAGAGAGUGAACCAAAGGAACAAGAACAAGAACAACAACCACAAUUACAAGAGGAGAAACCAAGAAAAAAUUCUGGUAAAAGCUUCACAGAGAAACUAAGGACCUUUGCCACACAUGCAGGCAUCGGGUUAAAAGUUGACAAAGAACAAAAAGAUAAACAAGCAGCAGCGACCCAACCCAAAGGUCACGAGUCUAGUGACGGUAGUUCCGAUGACAGAAAGAGAGAUAUUACAGUGACUGAUCAUGAUAAGAAUGCCAAUCUUCCCGAAACAGGAUCCAGUACCCCCAUAAGUAAAAUAGCUGCCACUGGUUUCAAUAAGGAAUCAACCCCAUCAUCAGCUAGUCCUAAGGAAAAUGAUUCUUCAAAUGGGCCACGCAAGGAGUACAAUGGUAGUGAAAAAACUAGUCCGUCUUUCAAUAAGGAUUCUGAUGAUAACUCAAAUGUAGCUUCUUCUUCAACAACCCAGAACAAAGGUUUAGAAGCUGCUUAUAGGGAGAAUAAGAAACCAACACCACUAGAAAAAUCACUUGAAAAAAGCAGCGAAAACUCUGAUGACUCCAACCCUAACUUCAAUGGCGUUAACUCAAGGGACGCAAAUUCCAAUUCUCCCCCACAUGCCAACAAUUAUGAGAAGGAUAGAGAGUCUGGUGCCGCACCAGCACCAGUUGGCUCUACAUCUUCCCGCGAUGAUAAAAGCAUGGAAGUCGGUAGCAGCUCAAAAGAUGAACCUUUUGGUAAAAGUGCUGCUGGCACCAUGAUUGGUGAUGGCUUAAGAGAUGCCCCUUUUAAUGAAAAUGCUCCUGAUGUCAUGAAAGGUGGUAUUCCUCAAAAUAAUAAUGCCACUCCAUUUGUCACAUUAAAUGAUGGUAACGGAGAAACGGACAUCACACCUAGAGGUGGAUCAGGGUCUCUUGAAAAUAGCUCGGUCGGUCAAGACAAAGAAGUUCCUUCGAAAUUACCAAAUUUCUAUUUCAGCAACAUUCCACAACCUCCAACGAAUUCGAACUUGACUGACAAACUCAAGAAGACAUUUGCCGACAUCCCAAGUGAGGAUGAAAAUGAAGAAGGAAGUGAUUUUAACAAUAGCCCUUAUAUGAGUGAUGAUGGUUCUGUUUUCCGCGCUUUCAAACAAUCUUUGAAGGAGGAAAAUGGUGCUAGCCGCGGCUCCCCAUUGAUUCAGCAGGAAAACUUCCACGGUAGUAAUUCUGAGGCUAGAGAGAAGCCAGCUGGCCUUGGUCUUUCGGAAAAAACCGAUCUGAAACUUAACAACAGACCUUUUGGUAUCCCUUCGGGAUCAAAUCAGAGUUCGAAUUUUAGCGUUCCUGAACAAAUGAGGGACAGAGGCCACAACCAAGACAAACAGCGCCAACCAGCUUCAUACGAUGCUUCUUCUCAGAAUCAUCCAAAAGAAGAGUUUUCGAGAAAGGUGCAAGACGGAGCUCCACCUCACAAGGAGGGAGACCAAGAUAUUUCGCAUAAUAGCAGAGAUACCCGGGGAAAUAAAUCUGAUUUGACAGGUUUUGAGGAUGUCGAUGAUUCAAUGACCAAUCCGGGAGAAUACUUCAAAGAUCACAACGAGGCAAGCACUGGCCAAGGCAAAAGCUCAUCUGCUUCAAGUAAGAACACCCCGAAACCAGAUCAUGAUUCAUUUCCUUUAGGGAAUAAUGUGAAAGAUGAUAAGUAUAAAGAAACGCAUAGACCUUGGGACAGCACUGAUGAAGAAGAUGACUAUGAUGCUGAUUCCUUCAAAGACGCAUUUACGGAAAAUGGAUUUGAUCGUUUGGAGCAAAACUCUAAUAAUUCUAAGAGUAAACCAGAAGAAAAAGACAUCAACAAUUCCAAGGGUAUAGAAAACCGUAACAAUGACUACUCUCAUUCAAAGGAUGAUAGCAGGUCUCUUUCUGAAAAUACUUACAACAAAAGCAAGGGACGUGGUGCGAGCGAUUUAUCUGUCCUUCCUGGUACCGCUGAGGAAACCAAUCAACAGCAUCUAACGUCUAUCGAUGAGCCUUCAGAUGAUUUAAACGCUGGUCCAUCAUUUUCCGAAGAAAAAGAUGUUACAGAUGCAUCAGCUCCCAAGUCAGCUCGUUCUGUAGCGCCUCAAUUCCAACCUGUGAAGCUAUUCUCAUCUAACAGUCAAACGCAUGAUCCUUCUAAUGGCAAGGCUGAAUUCUCUAAAAAUGAUGAUGUAACUAAAAGUCCUAACGUUCCCAAGACUCCUGUAAUGAGAAGUUCCGUUUUCAGGCCUCAGGUUGUAAAAACGCCUUCCGGUAAGACGCCCUCGUUAAAUAGUCCCGUUGGUAGAAGUCCAGGAACUAGAAGUUUAGCAAGUACCAGGACUGAUGAUGGUGAUUAUAUUUUUGAUGUUGAUGCUUUCGAUAUUGAGAAUCCAGAUAACACACUGUCCGAACUUUUGUUAUAUUUGGAACAUCAAUCGUUACAAGUAAUUGCAACGAUCCAAUCUUUAUUGACAUCUAUCAAAGAGCCACAUGCUACCAAAGGUAAUUUGAGAAAAGAAUCCAAUGCCAUUAGCCAAGUAAUUAGACAGAUGGUUGAUGCUACGAGUAUUUCUAUGAAUCAAAGCCGUAAUGCAAGUUUGAAAGAGCACGGAUCAUGGGUUGUGAAAAGUUUAGAAGACUGCUAUUUGAGAAUGACUACACUGUGUCAAUUAAAUCGUAGUGGCGGAUUUAAUGAUAACCCUGAAGAUGAAAAUUACGCAAACAAACAUUUCAAACAAAGAUUAGCAGGUAUCGCUUUCGACAUCGCCAAGUGUACAAAGGAAUUGGUAAAAACGGUGGAGGAAGCAUCCCUCAAGGAAGAAAUCGAGUUCCUAAACUCUCGUUUGAACUAA